UGAUGGAACUAAAUACGCAGUAUACAACUGUAUAGCCUGUUUUGUACUUCAAAAUGGAUUACACAUUAGUAAAGUUUUUUUAGCCAAUGUGCCUAGACUUUUCAUUGCUUUUGCUACAAAUGGUUUGCACUGGCAUUUAUUUUAAUUGGCAAACACCUUAAGUUGUGACCUAAAACUGAGACAACUGAGACAGCAUAUAACUUGAGGUGAGUUGAGGGCCUUAUUCGACAAUCUCAGUAGUGACAAAGUAUUUUAUAUUAAGUAAUAUUUUAGUUCACCAUUGUUAUAGCACUAUUACAAUCUUAACCACUGAGCUACUGCAACCCCUUUGAAUGACUUAAUACAUACUUGCCUCUUUUGUCUUGAAUAGAUUAAUAACACUCCCGCUAUUGUCCCUGCCAGGCUUUUUAUAAUCUUUAUGAACAUGCAAAAAUGGAGGUUUGUAAUCACGUCUGUGAUGUAUGGUGAGUUACACUCUCCUAAUUACCCUGAACAUUAUUCGGCUCCUCUUGAUAAAAACUGGGAUUUGGAGGUACCUCCCGGUUAUCACAUUCAGCUCAAUUUCAACUAUCUCAAAAUCAAUCCAUCACAAGACUGCAGGAGUGAUUCUCUCACGAUAUCCUAUAACGAGAAAGUGAUGAAGUACUGUGGUGAGGAGGAUUCAGAGAACCACAGCCAUCCAGGAAACAGUUCCAUCUUUAUACCUGCCACUAAAGUAAAGCUCUCUCUUCUUACUAAUGAAGUGAACCAAGGGCCUACCCCACCUGUGGGCUUCUCUGCAUUUUACCAUGCUACAGAUGUAGAUGAGUGUUCAUUGCUGAGUCAAGAAGAUGGAGCAGAUCCUCCCUGCACUCAGAUCUGCCUCAACACCAUGGGCUCAUACCUUUGUGCUUGUCAUCAUGGCUUCAAGCUGGAUGCUGAUCAGCGCACAUGUGUUCGGGUACAGUGUGAGUCUCCAAAAAGUAUAAAUGGGAGGAUUAGCCCAGUGCUUCCCACAUACUACUACAGAGAUGUGAUCACUGCUCACUGUGACAUAGGCUACAAAAUCAUUACAAAAGGAGUAGAGCUCAGUAAUUACACAUUUACCUGUCAGAGUAAUGGCCAGUGGAGUUUACCUCUUCCUCAGUGCCAUAUUAUACAUUGUAAAAACCCACCACGCUUGCUACAUGGAGAAGUGAAAUUCAUCUCUGAGCCUCAAAAUCAAUAUCAAUAUCAAUCUGUUAUAAAGCUGCACUGUAACAGACCAUACACUUUUCCUGCAACAUACAAUGUAACCUACACCUGUGAUGCAGAUAAGGAAUGGAAAGAUGACCAAAACAAUGUCUUGUCUGAGGCUCCAAAAUGUGUCCCAGAGUGUGGACGCCCACUGGUUGGCCUUGAGCGUCGUAAGAGGGUGUUAGGAGGUCAUCUUGCUCCACAACGAGCCUUCCCCUGGCAUGUCUUUAUAAAUCACUUACAUGGAGGAGGUGGAGCCGUCAUAGCAGAGAACUGGAUCUUGACAGCAGCAAAUGUUCUAAUGAUCAAAAACCAGAUUAUUGACCCCAACCAAAUAAAGAUAUAUGUUGGAGUCAGUGAUGCACUAAAACGAUCUAAGUUCUCACCUCUUGGGAUCAAGUCUUUACACAUCCACCCCUUGUAUAAUAACUCAGAUGAUACACACUAUGACCAUGACAUCGCAUUAAUAAAGCUGGAGAGGCCCAUUGUGUACAAUGCUGAUGUGAUGCCAUUGUGUUUGCCUCCACAAGAAGCUGAAUUUACACCUGGUCUUACUGGGUGGGUCUCUGGAUUUGGUCAGACAGCGAUAAGGAAAUCAUCCAGGUAUCUCAGGUAUACCUCCCUCCCUCUUGUGGAUAAAAAGACAUGCCAAAAUUUUGUCGAUAAUUUAAGGAUCCCAGUGGCCCUGACAGACAACAUGUUCUGUGCUGGUGUACCCGAAGGUGGAAAAGAUGCAUGUGAUGGAGAUGGUGGUGGGGCACUGGUUUUAAAAAAGGAUGGUGUGUUCUGGGCCACAGGCAUUGUUAGCUGGGGUUAUGAGUGUGGCAAACCAGGUAGAUAUGGAGUGUACACUCUUGUGUCACAGUAUAUAGACUGGAUAAACAAGACAAUGAGUGAAAACUAAAAGCAGUAUAUAUUUGUAGUUUUACUUCAGUGUUUGGGUCAGUGUCUGUAGAUCUGUGAUGCAUUUCGACCUCAACAAAAUUUAAACUUGACUGUGUUAGUGUUAUGUAUAGUAAAGUUUGUUUUGCACAUCAAACUUAUAUACUAGGCCACACUUAAUUAAGUAACAAGCUAAUUAAACUAAGUAACAAACUAAACUUGUGUGCAUGCACACUCAUUGUUACGUCCCAGGGCGUAAUUAUUUUUUUUUUUACUAGUUGCGUGCCGUUUUUCUGUGUUUUGCUCUCUCUCGUUUUCUCUCUCUCCUCUCUUUUCUCAGUGCAAAGCUUAAUGGAGACCAGCUGACUUUGUUUGUCUCCAGGCUGCUGAGGCUGGCUUCUCCUGUUCCAGACGAUAGCAAGUGUGCUGUUGUGUGUUUUUUUCUUGUUGUUAGUGUACAACGUAUUGUUAGCUAAAGUAGAUUUGGUAAUGUUUAAGUUCAUUGACACUUUAGGAAGCUGUUGAUAAUUUAAUUGUUAUCUUGGAAAGCGGUAGGGAGGCGGAUGCCAUUUUUGUUCCUGCUCCUGUUUUCUCCUGUGUUUGGUUAGAAAGGAAGGAAGGGAAGAAUUUUGUAGUUAAUUUUAUUUUAUUUUAUUGAAAGUUUAGAAAAUACUCCCUCUCAAAGUCAGAACUGUUUUGUUUGUUAUUUUAGCCUGGUCCCCUCCUGAAAUCUUUUUGAAGCUUCCCUUUUUUUUUGCAUCUGAACUUACCAAAUAAAUGUUAAUCUUAAUAUUC